AUGGGCUCUAGAGUGGAAAUACUGAACGAAGGUGGCUUUCGUUCGGACGGCAGAAGACAAUACGAACUACGCGAGGUCACGAUUGAUUUAUCGCAGCAGGGACAGGCAGAUGGUGCGGCCGUCAUCACGCAUGGCCUUACUCGUGUCAUGGUCUCUGUAUUUGGCCCCCGCGAGGCAAAGUCGCGGUCCCAGACGAUACACGAUCGCGCCAACAUAAAUGUCGAAGUUGCAAUUUCCCCCUUCAGUGCCGGCGAACGCAGAAAGCGGUCUCGAGGUGAUAAGCGGAUUCUCGAAAUGGCCGCAACCAUAAAAUCAACGUUUGAGCCUGUUGUGCAAACAACAUUGUACCCUCGAUCUCAGAUCGACGUCUUCGUCCAGGUUCUGCAACAAGACGGUGGGCUCCUGCAAGGGUGUAUCAAUGCAACAACCUUGGCUCUCGUCAACGCAGGCAUCCCUCUGCUCGAUUUCGUUUGUGCCGUGUCUGGAGGCGUGUACUCAACAUCACCCAUGCUUGACCUUACAUUGCUCGAGGAAAACGAUCUGCCAAAUCUGACCGUCGCAGUCAUGCCAAAAACGGGGAAAUCCACGCUUGUCACAAUGGAGACACGAUUACACGUCGAUCGUUUCGAAGAGAUAUUCAAACUGGUAUGCUCUGCAAGUCAUGCCCUUCACCAGGAAAUGAAGGAUGCAGUUCGCGUCCGGACGACGUCUCUAGUGACCGCCAUGGGCACAACUCAGAGCAAUGUAGGGGGAGACACGAUGAUGGAUGAAUCAUGA